AUGAGGUGUGCCUGCAUAUAUUGGGUGGAUAAAAUGCUAAAUAAAUCCUUCUACCAUUUGGGUGUUUUAAUAGCGAAACAUCCUGGCUAUUUCAUUAUAAUACCGGUUCUGCUAACGAUGCUCUGCAUGACUGGCUACCAACAAUUAAAAUAUCAAAUCGAUCCCGAAUAUUUAUUUUCACCGAUCAAUGGAGAGGGCAAGGCUGAACGCGCUGUUGUUGAAACAUUUUUCAAAGUAAACUACACACAUCGAUUCAAUGUGGGACGCAUAACAAGACCUGGUCGUUUCGGACGUGUCAUUGUCAUACCCAAAGAUGGCAAUGAUAAUAUGCUGCGUCGUGAAAUCUUCCAAGAAUUGCGACAUCUGGAUGAACUGAUACAGAAUGCAACCGUCGAGUAUGAGGGUGAAUUAUUCACGUACAAGGAUGCCUGUGCGCGCUGGGAGAAUGAAUGCUUUCAAAAUGAUAUAUUGAAUUUAGAUUUCAUAAUGGAUGAUAUUGAAUCCGGUGAACUGAAUCUCACUUUUCCCAUCAUGUUCAAUCCAGUCACUUGGGACGCGCAUGCUUUUCCCGUCUUCUUUGGCGGGACAAAGUUGACGGAGGAUAAUAUAAUUGUUAGCGUACCGGCGAUACAGUUGGUAUAUUUCGUGACUGCGGACACUAAGCGGCAAGAUGCAAAAGGUGCCGAAUGGGAAGAGACUUUCUUGAAAGUUGUGGGAAAAGCAGAGAAUUCAGGGCUCUUCAAACACAUUUCAGUAUCAUAUUUCGCCUCACGUACUUUGGAUCAUGAGCUGGAGAAGAAUACGCGUACUGUGGUGCCAUAUUUUAGUUCAACAUUUGCUCUAAUGGCGCUUUUUAGUAUUAUCACCUGCAUGAUGGGCGAUGCCGUACGCUCAAAACCAUGGCUCGGCCUGAUGGGCAACAUAUCGGCAAUCAUGGCCACUUGCGCGGCCUUUGGACUGGCCAUGUACUGUGGCAUUGAAUUUAUUGGUAUCAAUUUGGCGGCGCCCUUCUUAAUGAUAGGUAUUGGUAUCGACGACACCUUCGUCAUGUUGGCCGGCUGGCGUCGCACACCAGCCAAAAUGCCAGUUGCAGAGCGUAUGGGUCACAUGAUGUCCGAAGCGGCCGUCUCCAUCACCAUUACCUCACUCACCGAUCUGUUCUCAUUUUGGAUUGGCAUCAUUAGCCCAUUCCGUUCGGUACAGAUUUUUUGCACCUAUUCGGUAUUUGCGGUCGUUUUCACUUUCAUUUGGCACAUCACUUUCUUCGCCGGCUGUAUGGCAAUAUCUGGCUACAGGGAACGGCACAAUUUGCACGCGCUCUUCGGUUGUAAAGUACAGGCGAUGUCGGUAGCCAUUAAAGAAAAGCGCAACUUUUUGUAUAAAGCCAUAAUGGCCGGUGGCAUCAAUCGCGACGAUCCCGAUAAUCCAAUCGAUAACAAAGAUCACAUGUUAAUGGCCUUCUUCAAGGACCACCUAUCCGCCGUGAUCAAUAAUAAAUGGUGCAAAAUGUUGAUCAUACUGAUCUUUGCGGGAUAUUUAGCUGGCGCUUGCUUUGGACUCACACAGAUAAAGGAGGGCUUGGAGCGGCGUAAAUUGUCAAAGGCUGAUUCGUACUCGGUGGAGUUUUUCGAUCGUGAGGAUGAAUAUUAUCGCGAGUUUCCAUAUCGCAUGCAGGUCAUCAUCACUGGCGAUCUGAACUACUCCGAUCCCAUUGUGCAAGAUCAAAUUGAGGAGCUGACACGCACACUUGAGAAUACUUCGUAUGUAACUUCUUCGCUCUACACAGAAUCGUGGAUACGUUCGUUCCGCUCGUUUGUUGAUCGCAACAAUGACUAUCUGAAUCUCACCAUCGACGAUGAGCAAUCGUUUAUAGAUGCGGUGAAAGAGCAUUGGCUUUUCCCAGGCAAUCCCUUCUCACUCGAUGUCAAAUUCAACGAGGAUGAGACGCGUAUUAUCGCCUCACGUUUUCUCAUACAAGCCGUGAAUAUCACCGAUACAAAUCACGAAAAGGAAAUGGUGCGUGAUUUGCGUCAAAUUUGUAAAGCCUCGCCGCUGAAUGCUUCAAUAUUUCAUCCUUACUUUGUAUUCUUCGAUCAAUUCGAACUUGUGCGUCCGACCUCAUUGCAGUCAAUGAUCGUUGGCGCGAUCAUCAUGAUGAUCAUCUCUUUCAUAUUCAUACCCAAUAUACUCUGCUCACUUUGGGUUGCCUUUUCAAUUAUUUCGAUUGAGUUGGGCGUUGCCGGUUAUAUGGCUUUGUGGGAUGUAAAUCUCGAUUCGAUUUCCAUGAUCAAUCUGAUAAUGUGCAUUGGCUUCUCGGUGGACUUUACGGCGCACAUUUGCUACACUUAUAUGUCGUCGAAGAAGCGCAGUCCAAAGGCGCGCGUGCGUGAGGCACUGCACUCACUCGGCUUACCGAUUGUGCAGGGCUCCAGCUCAACAAUACUCGGCAUUAUCGCAUUGCUGCUGGCACAGAGCUACAUCUUCCUAGUUUUCUUCAAAAUGGUAUUUCUUGUGAUAUUCUUCGGCGCUAUGCAUGGCCUCUUCCUGUUGCCCGUGCUCUUGUCGCUCUUUGGACCAGGCUCAUGGCAGACAUGGUCCGGCAAGGACUUGGAUGAUGACAACGAUGAAAUUACAGAUAUUGAAAGUCCUAUGAAGUUGUCCAGCAUGGAAAAGUUGAGCUCCUACUACCUGCAACAGCACACCCCAUUAGGGCUGCCUGGCCCCUACGGCACGGGAAAAGGUUUUCUCGGUGCACCUUACAAAGCCUACGGUGAUGAAAAGGAUUUGGGUAUAGGUACUUCAGGUGAGGACUCAUCUGAAAGCAGUUCAAGUCGCUCACAGCGCCGGCAGGCACUCGAAGACGAGCAUACGCGCCGUCGCUACGAGGAAGGUUGGCGUCGCUCGUCCUACCACAACCUCUACACCAACUCACAAUCACAAUUCCAGCCACACACCGACCUCUACGGCCAACAAGUGACCGCGCAAGAGUGGCGCGCACGCCUCGACGAAGAGCAAGAACAACGUAAACGUAGCGCCGUAGGUAUGCGCGCCUACGACAAUUUCGCUGCUGACAUCGUACACAUGCAGCGACGCCAUCCCGCAUUCGGUGAUGAUAUGGUUGAUGCACCAGUGGCGCGUGUUGCCGCCGGGCACUACACGCCCACCUCCUCGCUGGAUGAACGUUCGCGUCGCAAAUAUCGACCCUCUGUAGCGGCGGCGACGGGCACACAAAGCGCCGGCAGUGGCGAUGACAGUAGCUAUCAUCAGCAGCAGAGCGCUGCACAACCCACAGCGAACACCUCCGUGAAACGUUACCAUCGUCGUCGCUCGUCCGAAGACUCUACACGCCAUUACCAACGUUGGCCGCCAUCAAAUAUUGAAGAGCGCUGUGCACGCCGCUUUGCCACCACUGCACGCGAUGAUGGCGCGGCUUAUGUGCCGGCGCAUGCCAAUUCCUCCUCUGCCGCAGCCGCAGCCGCCGCACCCAAUGCCUACCGCCCACAUCCGCCAAUGCGCUCCUCAUCACAUCACAAUUUGUAUUAUCCCAAUGGCACGCAGCAUCCGCCAACGUAUCAGUAUGGCGGCCAUUACUACAAGUGAUAUGGACGAGUUGGCGUUAGACCUAAACUGUGUGAAAAGGAAAAUAAAUGACCGACAUUAGUCAAAGUAUGGACGCAAAAAAUGAAGCGAGGUCGCAAACCUCAAGCGCACGCAAUUGAACUAUGCACUUUGCCGGUACCGAAUUAGGUGUUAUUGAAAAACUAACUGUAUGUAGUAGUUUUUUUUAAUAAAUUUAGUGUUGUGUUGGUUUUUAUUUUCAUUUUGUGCAAACAAGCCACUAUAGUUUCCUUUUGUUUCAAUUACAAUUUUUUUUUUUAUACAUAGUUAGUUUUAUACAAACACAAUUCUAGUUAAUGCGUAAAUACCAGAAAUAGAAAAUGUAUACAAUUAGCGUAAAUAACAAAUGAAACUAAAUACUUUUAAGUGCAAAACUUUAUUUAUAAAUGCUGAAAGAUAUAGGCAAAAAAAGAGUUUCAGUUUUAUUUUGAUGCAUUAAAAAAAUCCUAGAGUUUUUUCAGUUUUAUUUUGUCAUAGAAAAUAUUUGUUUUAAUUUUUUCUCUUCAAAAACACAAAUUUUCUAAAAUUUGGAGCUUUGAAAAUUA